AUGGGGAGCGCUGACUCUCUAGGGGAGGGGGAGGGAGGUGGUGGGAAGGCAUUAAUGAGUGUGUUCCCAAGGGAAGUCUGGGCCGUGGGCGACACAACAGCACAUUUGGCGGCGGUGGCUGUGAGCAAGGUCAGCGAUCCUUGCUCUCACCCGCCAAGAUUGCUUCUCUUUCGUCGUGUAAGGAACACUUUACCGCCAAAUGUCCAGCAUUUAGCUAAGGAAGGUUUCAACUUUGGAGACAUCAGAGGACAACACGCCGCCACGGGCGAGGGAAACCAACACCAAGCACAGGAAUCAUACACCCUGUACAGUCGGCAGGGUUUAAGGAAGGGCCGAGGAGACGCUGGUGUGGUGCAGACGUCACGGCGAACUACAGGUGAGUGUUAGUUGUUAGUAAUUUUUUUUUUUCAUCGU